ACUCCGAAUCCCCAAUAUAUGAAAGUUGAAACCGGCAGGGCAAAUUGAGCAAAGAGCCAAAGACGCAAAGACCCAAACUCAAAGUGCAAACCCUUCCUUCCAUUUUCAUUUCCAUAUUUCCAUUCGAAGCAGAAGCAGCCGUGGCGCCUCACGCCUGCUAAGUGCGACUGACCUGUGUUUCAACACUGGUUGGAAGUAUGCAGUUUUCGGGAAACUCGAGCAUCGAUCACGAAUGUGCUUAUAAUUAUGGCUCACAUUAUGAAUACACAUAAAUAUGGUACAUGUAAUCUCGGGUACCAGUUGUGAAAAACAUGGACAAAAUUCCAGCGGCUUGCGCCAUGGACUGGAGUAUUGAGCUUGACAAGAGUCUCCGUUCCAAAAAACCCGGUAAAUCAAUUGAAGCCAUAAAAGACAUCGGUUCCAGGCUUGAAUGGUGGAAUAGGGAUUCAAAGCUAACAGCUGCAGAAUACAAAAUUUUCAGCUUAAUCCCUGGCGAAGAGAAGCUUUUUUUGAAUGCGAUUUUUCUGCGUUUGGCGGAUGCAUUUAGGUUAGGAGAUAAAAAUAUUAAAAGUUGCAUUGUAAAUAUUUUUCUAUCCCUGCGACGGAAAAGGAGGAGAAGUGCUGUUAAGGAUGAUGAUUGUAGGAUCUUGAGCAAGAGUAAAUUAGAGAAUUACAUGGAGUUGUUGAGAAGAGUAAAGGUAGUGUUUGAUACUGGGGAUGUAGAUCAAAGAUCGAUGGCUUUGAUUUUGUUUGGUUGCUGGGCAGAUUUUGCGAAAGAUAUUGCUGAUAUACGAUACAUUGUGCUAUCGAGUUUUUAUUCUACAUUAUGCAAUUAUAUGCAGGUGAAGGCCUCAUUGUUUGCUGCAGGAUGCUUAAGUGAAUUGUCGGAUGACUUCGCUAAUGUUUUCUUGGAGAUAUUGACCAGGAUGGUGACAUCAUUGGAGAUACCAAGAGCUGUAAGGUUAGCAGGAGUGAGAGCUUUUGCUAAACUGUGGUGCCCAUUGUCACUUGCAGAUAAAGCUUACAAGACAGGUUUAAAGCUGCUAAAGGGUUCUUUAGAAGAUGAUUUCUCUGCUGUGAUGCUGAUUUCACUUUCUAAAAUUGCUUCUAAGUGGACGCUUCUAAUCUCUGUACAGAUUGAAUUGCUUACCUCAUUUGUAAGUGAAGAGCGAUCUUUGGAUUUCCUAGCUACAACAUUAAGAUGUCUUAAUUUCACAUUAGCAAAGGGAGUAUGUGAUUUUCCGUCAGCCAUGGAUGUUGUCCAUAAAUUAUUAAUUAUUAUGAGUGGAUCUGAAAUUUCAGAAGCACUGCAAUUGGAAGCUUUAGAAAUCUUGCAUAAGAUCCUUCUCUAUGGUUCAUCCACAAUUCCUUGCAUGGAGAUGCUUGAGAUUUUUCCAAGCCUGUUGACAAUUGUUGAGAAUAUGGUACGGUCUUCCUCUAGGUCCAAUAGAGUCUUAGCCUUUAGGAUUCUAGCUGAUCUCUCUGGCAAGAUUCUGAGAAGAGCAGAUAUAGUCCCAAGUGAAAUUGGUUGCACUCUAGCAUCGCAGGUGAUUUCAUUUGUUUUAGAUUGGAUCUCUUUGAUGGUAAGGUUGGAGAUGGACGCUCAUAAGCCUGACUUGGAAAUGGAGCUUGAGGUUAAAAGCUUUCUUAACCUUUUAGUUAACCUGGGUGAAAAUCAUUCAUAUCUUUGUUGCUUGGUGCUAAAUAAAAUCUGCAUAUUUAUAGAUAACCUGAUCAAGGAACUCGACAGAGUUGUAAGGAUAGAGAAAACUGACUUGCCAGGUCAUGAUGGCACAGAGUUUGUCAAAGGAAGCAAAACAUUUUUCAUUUCAAAAGUCAUGCUCUAUGUAUCGAAAGUUGUGGUUGUUUGUAUACAAAACCUAGAUGAAACUGAUGCUGGAACAAGCCAAGUUUUUAGCGGGUUGAAGAAUCAGAUAGAACAUGUAUGCCAGUGCACCUCUUUUGAUAACUAUAUCCAUACGAUCUACUGGCAUUUAUUACACUUUUGCACCAUCCAUAGUUGCAUUUGCAGUGAGAAACAGGAAUUGAUGAGUCUUGAUAAAACAAUUUCGCUUUCUAGUGUUGAUUCCGUUAUUCAGCUUGAUAUCCUUACUCUUGACUGUGCAAAGAUGAUGUUAGGAGGAAAAAGUUAUUGGUCAUCUUAUAAAGCUGGAAAACUUGCAGUCUACCAGGGAGCAUGGUCUACAGCUGCUUUCAUUUUUGAGCAUAUCCACACCAUGGUUCAGUCUACUGCCUGCUCCCGCUGGUUGAAAUCCUUGGCUCAGUUCUCUCACAGUGAAAAGCAGAUUCAAUCGUUCUUCAUACCCGGACGAGACUCUUCUAACCUAAACCAUUCUACUGUAAAAGGAGAUCCAUUUCUCCCUUCUGAACCUGAUGGAGGUAAAAGAGAAGGCACCUUCUGGAAGAUCAAUCAGUGUAACUCAAUUGAAAAUCUUAUCAGGGCUUGUAGUAGUCUUUGCUCUGCCGAGGAAACACUUGGGGAUUCUGGUAUGGGAUUCUUGUUCGGUUUCCAAAGAUGGUUUCUGUCCCUUAGAGCAAAGCUCCUGGCAACUGUAGUAGAUAUAAUGAAGUUAUUGAAUACGAUUUCACUUGUUCAAUAUAGCAGUAGCCCCUCAGGAAAAGGGGAGGGAACAGAUCCAGUUUCAGGCUUGAGUUUCUUACAAAGACUCAGCUCCUUGGUUGAUUCUUUCACGGAGGUCUCUCGCCGGAUGAACAAAUUAACUAGAGAAUUUGAUUUAUUUGUAGCAUCUUUCAUUGGCAUGGACAGACAAAGUGUUAUUAUUGUUUCGGCACUUGCAUUGAGUUGUUCAUUGAUGGCCUUCAGUGCUGGUUUUGUCUAUCUCAUCCCAAACCUGCAGUAUUCAGAGAAUUUUAGAACUUCCAACUCUGAAUACCUUGAGGAGUCUUUCCAUGCUAUGCUACUAGAAGAUGUAGUCGGGAGGUUGAGGCAAAUAGACGGCUCAACCAGGAAUAGUAUCCUGUUUCUUAUGAAGUCUUUUGGAAAGUCCAAGAGCUGUUUUUCGCCACAAUUGAGAAAUCAGAUUUCAGAGAGUUAUGAAACAAGAGUCAUGCUCAAACUCUGUGAUUAUGCCAUUAUGAGGAUUGUUGCCUUAAAAAAUGAGGCAGGCCAGAUUCAAGGGGGUGAAGGCAUGUCUCAAACUAUAAAUGAUGGUUCACAGCUUUUAUUGAACAUCAUUUCACAAUGUAUUUUGAUGCCGUUCCGGACUCCCAAGCACUUUUUUAAAGUAAGGCCUAGUGUUACCUCUGAGCUUUUCAUGAUGAAUGAAGAUGGUAAACAUGUGGAUCGGGUAUCUGUUUUUUCAGGUUCCCCCAUCUCACUGACUUUAUGCCUUCAAUUGAGAAACAUGCCAGCAGGUCAACCUUUUCGGCUUACCAAAUUGUUGUGCAUUCUUAGUUGUAGAUCAUCUUCUCAGAUGAAAACAGAAACGGGAGAGAAUAAAGGGGAAAAACACUUGGGUAGCCAAGAUGGGGGAAUUGAUGAUUUGUUGGACUUGAACGAACAGCUAGUGGGCUAUGUUACUGGAUCUACAAGGAGAUGUAGAAUGCAUCACAGAGAUAACACCGGUGAUUUUAUGGUGAAUCAGUAUGUGCAUUUUGAACUGAACACACGAGGCCAAGGGUUCUCUACUUGCUUGUUCGAUGUUUCUUCUUUUCCACUGGGUUCUUAUAGAAUCAAAUGGCAUAGCUGUUGUAUCGACAGUGAAGGUUCUUAUUGGAGCCUGCUUCCUCUGAAUGCUGGCCCUGUGAUCACCAUACAGGAUUGUAAAAGUGGCUUGACCAUCAAUGUGGCAUUUGAACCAAGUGGUCUUGGAAAAUAUCUCAUAAUAGCAUCACAUGGAAUUGAAAAAUUCUGCAUGUACAGAAUUUUAACAUAUAGAACAAAACCAGAAAUCUCAUAUGGGGUGGGACCCAUUGUCUCAUGGGAAUAUGUCCCCAAUUUUGUCGGUGAAGAACAGUUUUGCUGUGAUAUUAAGGGAGAUGCAGUCUUAAUAUUGGAAGUUCCUGUGGUUGUUUUUGGUUUGAUAAGAUCAAGACUCACUCUAUCAGAACAUAUUGCACUUAGGAAUUUUGAUGUGGAUGCUUCAUAUUUAAUGAUGAAAGUUUGUCCACCAAACACGGCUUUAUCAAUAUUGAUCGCUGCUAUUCUUCAUCAGGCAAUGCAUCAUCCAGACCUCGUUGUGCAAUUCUGUACUUCAUCUGCAUUCGAUGUAUCUUUUCGCGGUGGUGCAGUCACUGGUAGAGUCGGCAAUGCGCUAGACCAGAAAGGUAGCAAUGACCUGAGAAUCUUAUGGCGGAAUGUACCUGCAAUCAAGAUCAGCAAGUGGAGGACUUCCAGGGCUUGUAGUAUUCUUUGCUCUGCCGAGGAAACACUUGGGGAUUCUGGUAUGGGUAUCUUGUUCGGUUUCCAAAGAUGGUUUCUGUCCCUUAGAGCAAAGCUCCUGGCAACUGUAGUAGAUAUAAUGAAGUUAUUGAAUACGAUUUCACUUGUUCAAUAUAGCAGUAGCCCCUCAGGAAAAGGGGAGGGAACAGAUCCAGUUUCAGGCUUGAGUUUCUUACAAAGACUCAGCUCCUUGGUUGAUUCUUUCACGGAGGUCUCUCGCCGGAUGAACAAAUUAACUAGAGAAUUUGAUUUAUUUGUAGCAUCUUUCAUUGGCAUGGACAGACAAAGUGUUAUUAUUGUUUCGGCACUUGCAUUGAGUUGUUCAUUGAUGGCCUUCAGUGCUGGUUUUGUCUAUCUCAUCCCAAACCUGCAGUAUUCAGAGAAUUUUAGAACUUCCAACUCUGAAUACCUUGAGGAGUCUUUCCAUGCUAUGCUACUAGAAGAUGUAGUCGGGAGGUUGAGGCAAAUAGAGGGCUCAACCAGGAAUAGUAUCCUGUUUCUUAUGAAGUCUUUUGGAAAGUCCAAGAGCUGUUUUUCGCCACAAUUGAGAAAUCAGAUUUCAGAGAGUUAUGAAACAAGAGUCAUGCUCAAACUCUGUGAUUAUGCCAUUAUGAGGAUUGUUGCCUUACAAAAUGAGGCAGGCCAGAUUCAAGGGGGUGAAGGCAUGUCUCAAACUAUAAAUGAUGGUUCACAGCUUUUAUUGAACAUCAUUUCACAAUGUAUUUUGAUGCCGUUCCGGACUCCCAAGCACUUUUUUAAAGUAAGGCCUAGUGUUACCUCUGAGCUUUUCAUGAUGAAUGAAGAUGGUAAACAUGUGGAUCGGGUAUCUGUUUUUUCAGGUUCCCCCAUCUCACUGACUUUAUGCCUUCAAUUGAGAAACAUGCCAGCAGGUCAACCUUUUCGGCUUACCAAAUUGUUGUGCAUUCUUAGUUGUAGAUCAUCUUCUCAGAUGAAAACAGAAACGGGAGAGAAUAAAGGGGAAAAACACUUGGGUAGCCAAGAUGGGGGAAUUGAUGAUUUGUUGGACUUGAACGAACAGCUAGUGGGCUAUGUUACUGGAUCUACAAGGAGAUGUAGAAUGCAUCACAGAGAUAACACCGGUGAUUUUAUGGUGAAUCAGUAUGUGCAUUUUGAACUGAACACACGAGGCCAAGGGUUCUCUACUUGCUUGUUCGAUGUUUCUUCUUUUCCACUGGGUUCUUAUAGAAUCAAAUGGCAUAGCUGUUGUAUCGACAGUGAAGGUUCUUAUUGGAGCCUGCUUCCUCUGAAUGCUGGCCCUGUGAUCACCAUACAGGAUUGUAAAAGUGGCUGCUGAUUCUGCUGAAGUUUGAUAGAUCUUAUAAACUGUCCUAAUUCAAAGAGAAGGAACUAUCACGAUCAUUAAUUUUAUUUUUGCAGUGUCAUGUUUUACCCAUCGGAACUGAAUUUACAUUGUUCUCGUGAUUUAUUCGACGUUGAUUUGAUUGAAGUUAAUAUUUUGCCAUGUUUCCGGCCGAGCCUAUGAAUGGAACUAACGAGUCCACUCUCAGGGUUGCACUUGACCAUGGAAAGACCUCAGGAGCUAUCAAGUUACACGACCGAAAUGUGGUCUGCCAAAAAUUUGGAGAUGAAUCUGUUAAGAUUAUCGAGCUUGAAGAUUAGAAUGCCAAGGCUGUUUUUGUUAUAUUUAAUUAUUGCCUCAUUUUAUUUUAUUUUAUUUUAUUUUUGGUGGCAUUCGAUGGACCAAUCCCAGUGACCAUCAAUGUGGCAUUUGAACCAAGUGGUCUUGGAAAAUAUCUCAUAAUAGCAUCACAUGUAUAUUGGGUCAUUCCUUUUAAUGGGAAUUGAAAAAUUCUGCAUGUAGGGAAUUGAAAAAUUCUGCAUGUACAGAAUUUUAACAUAUAGAACAAAACCAGAAAUCUCAUAUGGGGUGGGACCCAUGUGAGUUUUAUAUUCAAAAAAUUAAACCACUCACACCAAGUGCUGCGAGUAGUCUGUAAGGUUUUUGACAAAUCAUUUUCUGUACAUGUAGUGUCUCAUGGGAAUAUGUCCCCAAUUUUGUCGGUGAAGAACAGUUUUGCUGUGAUAUUAAGGGAGAUGCAGUCUUAAUAUUGGAAGUUCCUGUGGGUGAAUAA